GCUCGGGGUCCCACCCCGGUACCGCGACCUCCCCCCGGGCCAGCCCUCCCCGGCCUGCCUGCACGGCCCCUCGUAGUUGUCACUUGAGGGCGGCCCCCUGUACCCCAACCUCGUGCCAAGCCUGCAUUUCCUGCUGCCCCAUCUUGCUGGACCUGUCCUGAAGCUUGGCCUUGGAUUUGGGGGUUACCCUGUUAAUAUUUGGGGGUGACUCCUUGGGACCACAAGUUGUCGUGGCUCGCCAUGUGGCAGUGGCACCUGAGUCGGGUGGCUUUGCUGUCCCCCCAUGCCGACAGACCACCUGCUGGGGCUUGGGUGACAUGUCUGCGAGGCAGAGGGGGGGAUGGGACACUUGAGGUCGGUCCCCUUGGGGCUGCGUUAUGCACAGAUUUUGGGAGGACCUUAGCUGCUCCCAUCUCCUUGCCCUAUCUCACAGAUUCUCCAGAAGCCCCUCCCUGUGGCUUUGACUCCCAGUUGCCCCACUGCACAGCCCCCACGCACCCCCUCCCCGGCUGCCCCCCAUUCCUGGUUCUCUUCCAGGCCAGCCACCAUGGCGUUCUCGCAGACGCGGGGCAAGCGGCGUGGUGACGAGGGCCUGGAAGGUGCCGUGGACUUCCUCCUGGCCAAUGCCCGCCUGGUGCUGGGGGUGGGUGCUGCUGCCGUGCUGGGCAUCGCCACGCUGGCUGUGAAGCGGCUCAUUGACAGGGCCGCCGGACCCCGAGAUGAGGAUGAUGCUAAGGGGGACAGCUGGAAGGAGCUGAAUCUGCUCAAGGCCGUGCCUUCCCAGCCCCAGCCACCGCCCGCUGCCCGCAGCCUGCCCGAGACUCGCCCCACCUCCUGCCCGUCUGCCCCAGAGGGACCGUCGGAUCCUGGUCCUCGCACGCCCAGCCCCCCGGCCCGGCUGUGCCUGACCCUGCAGGAGCGACUGCUGGCCUUCGAGCGGACCCAUGUGGCCAUCCCGGAGGCCCAGGUGGCCCUGGCCAAGCAGCUGGCUGGUGACAUCGCCCUGGAACUGCAGGCCUACCUGAGGAACAAAUUUCCAGAACUGCCCUUCGGGGCCCUGGUGCCUGGCGGGCCACUGUAUGACGGGCUGCAGGCGGGGGCGGCUGAGCGCGUGCGUCUCUCAUUACCUCUGGCGCUGGAGCCGGGUCUCUGGAACCUGGUGCCUGGUGCCGACACGGUGGCCCGGGACCCCCGCUGCUGGGCCGUGCGCAGGACUGGGCUGGAGUUCAGCCCCCGGGGCAGCAGCCCCUGGGACCGCUUCCUCGUGGGGGGCUACCUGUCCUCCCGGCCGCUGCUGCAGCUGCUGCACAAGGCGCUGACGGCCUCCGUCAACUGGCCGGCCAUUGGCAGUGUCCUGGGCUGUGCCAUCCGGCCCUGCGUGGCCUCGGAGGAGCUGCUGCUAGAGCUGCAGCAUGAGUACCUGGAGCUCACCGUGGCCGUGCUCCCGUCCGUCACUGACGCCGACUGCCUCCUCCUGGCCUGGCCCCUUGAAGGCCUGGCAAGCAACCUCUGGCUGCAGGACUUGUAUCCACUGGAAGCGGCCAAGCUGCGGGCCCUGGACGGCCGUGAUGCCGGUUCUCGGCGGCGGCUGCUGCUGCUGCUCUGUGCUGUGUGCCGUGGCCACCCAGUGCUGUCUCGCCUGGGCCUGGGCCCCCUGACACAGGUGGUGCUGCGGGUCGGAGAGGAGGCCGUGGACUGGGCCGAGGAGGCCCUGGGGGAGCGCUUCUUGCAGGCCCUGGAGCUGCUGCUGUGUGGGCUGGAGCAGGCCAGCCUGCCCUGUCACUUCAGCCCUGCCGUGGACAUGCUGGGUGGCUUGCGGGAACAGGACAUCGACGACCUGGGCUAUGCACUGUACAGGGGCCUGCAGGCACCUGAGACGCUGCUCUAGCCUCUUGGACGGGUCGGGGGUGUGCGGUGGGCUUGGUUUUUGCUUGCUUUUUAGCCGUAAGAGGGAGGCCCGGGCUGUGGCUCACGGUGUGUUUACCAAGCACGGCUCGGCAGGGCACCUGCCAUGAUCACCAGCAGCGAGUGUAGGGACAGUGGGGCCGGGCGGAGGCCAGUGGACUCUUCCUGUGCCUGAGCAGAGGACUCCAUGUCCCCGGCCACCUGGCUCCUGUGAGCCGACUCCAUCCGUGCUGUACCUCAGCCAGGCAGGGAGCUUGGUGGGGUCCCCUCGUCUACCACCCAGGGCCAUGCCAGGCUGGCUCAUCCACACUGGGCCCAGCCGAGCUCUGGGUUGGGACUCUGAAGCUGGCCGGGGUGGCACGGGCUCAUUCCGCGUCUGGCAGCCUUCCUGCUGAGCAAAGCUUUGCCUUGAAGAAUGUGAAUGAAAGAAAAAAAAUAA